GAGCGCAUGACCCGCCGCGAUGGCCGGGGGACGCAGAGGACUAGUAGCCCCUCAAAACACAUUUUUGGAAAAUAUUGUCCGACGGUCUAACGUUUGGACAUUAUCACAUAGACACACAGACACCAACUUUGUGCUGGGGAAUGCCCAGAUCGUAGACUGGCCCAUAGUUUACAGCAAUGAUGGCUUUUGUAAGCUGUCCGGUUACCACCGCGCUGAGGUCAUGCAGAAAAGCAGCACUUGCAGCUUUAUGUACGGAGAGCUCACAGAUAAGGACACAUGUGAGAAAGUUCGGCUGACUUUCGAGAACUAUGAGAUGAACUCGUUUGAGAUCUUGAUGUACAAGAAAAAUCGAACACCGGUAUGGUUCUUUGUGAAAAUUGCACCUAUACGGAACGAACAGGAGAAGGUUGUGCUCUUCUUGUGUACAUUUAGUGACAUCACAGCAUUCAAACAGCCAAUUGAGGAUGACUCCUCCAAAGGCUGGGGGAAGUUUGCUCGUUUGACCAGAGCUCUGACCAGUAGUCGAGGGGUUCUACAGCAACUGCAGCCCACUGUACACAAGGGAGAGAAUGUACAUAAACACUCACGACUUGCAGAGGUUCUCCAACUGGGCUCAGAAAUUCUCCCCCAGUACAAACAAGAGACGCCCAAGACCCCACCUCACAUCAUCCUGCACUACUGCGCCUUUAAGACCACCUGGGACUGGGUCAUCCUUAUUCUCACCUUCUACACAGCCAUCAUGGUCCCCUAUAAUGUCUCGUUUAAGACCAAGCAGAACAAUGUCACCUGGCUGGUUGUGGACAGUAUUGUGGAUGUGAUCUUUCUGGUGGAUAUUGUACUGAAUUUCCACACCACUUUCGUGGGCCCAGCCGGGGAAGUGAUAUCCGACCCGAAACUGAUCCGCAUGAAUUACAUGAAAACCUGGUUUGUGAUUGACCUGUUGUCCUGUCUGCCUUAUGAUGUCAUCAACGCCUUUGAGAACGUGGAUGAGAACUGGAAUCAUCGAGCUGUCACUCAAGGCAUCAGUAGUUUGUUUAGUUCCCUGAAGGUGGUUCGGCUGUUGCGUCUGGGCCGGGUGGCUCGUAAACUUGAUCAUUAUAUUGAAUACGGUGCGGCGGUCCUGGUUCUGCUGGUCUGUGUAUUUGGACUGGCGGCUCAUUGGCUGGCCUGCAUCUGGUACAGCAUUGGAGACUAUGAAGUCAUUGAUGAGGACCUUAACACAGUACGUACAGACAGCUGGCUGUAUAUGCUGGGUGAGACCACUGGGGCACCCUACCGGUUUAACGCCAGUGGGACGGGAAGAUGGGAAGGUGGACCUACGAAAGAUUCUGUCUACAUCACAUCUCUAUACUUCACCAUGACCAGCCUGACCAGUAUCGGUUUUGGAAAUAUUGCUCCAACCACAGAUGGAGAGAAGAUCUUUGCAGUGGCCAUGAUGAUGAUUGGAUCUCUUCUCUAUGCCACCAUCUUUGGUAAUGUGACGACUAUCUUUCAGCAGAUGUAUGCCAACACUAACCGUUAUCAUGAAAUGCUCAAUAGUGUUCGUGACUUCCUGAAGCUGUACCAGGUGCCCAAAGGCUUGAGUGAGAGGGUAAUGGAUUAUAUCGCCUCCACCUGGUCCAUGUCCCACGGUAUUGACACUGAAAAGGUUUUGCAGAUCUGUCCGAAAGACAUGCGUGCUGAUAUUUGUGUGCACCUGAACAGGAAGGUUUUUAAGGAACAUCCAGCUUUCCGUUUGGCCAGUGAUGGCUGUCUGCGAGCACUGGCAAUGGAGUUCCAGACCAUCCACUGCGCUCCUGGUGAUCUCAUCUACCAUGCAGGCGAGAGUGUGGACAGUCUCUGUUUUGUUGUGUCAGGGUCACUGGAGGUCAUCCAAGAUGACGAGGUGGUCGCAAUUCUGGGUAAAGGUGAUGUGUUUGGGGACGUGUUCUGGAAGGAGUUGACACUAGCUCAGGCGUGUGCUAAUGUGAGAGCGCUAACAUACUGUGACCUGCACGUGAUCAAACGGGACGCACUGCAGAAAGUUCUAGAGUUCUACACGGCCUUCUUCAACCACUUCUCCCGAAACCUCCUUCUUACGUACAACCUGCGAAAAAGGCUUGUGUUCAGAAAGAUCAGUGACAUGAAGCGUGAGGAAGAGGAGAGGUUGAGGAGGAAGAACGAGGCCCCGCUGAAUCUUCCCCCCGAUCAUCCCGUCCGUCGUCUCUUCCAGCGUUUCCGCCAACAGAAAGAAGCCCGUCUUGCUGGCCGGACCAAUCCCGAUGACCCUGAUCUUGAAAAGGGUCAAAUCCACCAUGAAGUCAUUAACCAGGAUGUGAUUGCCACCACGAGCAUAGUCACUGUAACGCAGAGCCCAGCCACACCUAUUCCUUCCCACCCAAGCAAAAAACACACCCUGGAUUCUUUCGACCAGGCGAAGCUUAGUGCUCCUACCCCAAACGCCCUUCGAUCAUCAGAACCACGUGCAAGGGGUUGGGCCAGAUUCAGGGACAGCAUGGCUAAGCCAGAAAACUGGGGAAAUGUCCCUAAAGCCGAAUCCAUGGAGACUUUACCUGAGCGGAUCAGCUCGGGCAAGACUUCAGAGCCCAGUGGACUGAAGAAGACAGACUCCUGCGACAGCGGUAUCACCAAAAGUGAUUUGCGGUUGGACGAGGGUGGUGCUCGCACCCCUGUGGACUGUAGCCCAGUCCAGCCUGAUGGGAAAGCUCCUCCCAUUCCUCCUAUCUCCACUAUUCCUGAACACACACUACAUGCCUCAGUCCUGGAACUCCGCUCUGAACUUAAAGAGGAGCUGUCGUCACUGGGUAAUCGCAUGGUUGCCUUGGAGACACAGGUCGCUGAGGUAUUGAGAUUGCUAAGGUGCAAAAAGACUCCGACCUCUCCCAUGUCACUCUUCCAUAUCUCACGACCGACAUCACUAGACUCAGAUAAGGAUGACAUCUUUCCUUAUGAGAGAGAGAAUGAAAGAGGGGGAGAGAGAAUGAGCUAG